AUGGUGCACAAUGUUUUCCUCCGCUGUCUCCAUCCAGUCACGGAGGACAUGGUGCGGCGCCGCGCCGAGCACAACGAGGGACAGAUCUUCUCCCUGGAGGAGCUUUCCCUGCAUCAGCAGGACAUUGAGCGGAUCGAACACAUCGACCGGUGGUGCAGGGAGCUCCGGAUCCUCUACCUGCAGAACAACCUCAUUCCCCGGAUGGAAAAUCUCGGACGCUUAAAGAAGCUGGAGUAUUUGAAUCUGGCGUUAAACAACAUUGAAGUUAUUGAAAAUCUUGAAGGCUGCGAGAGCCUGCAGAAGUUGGACCUGACGGUGAAUUUUGUGGGCCGUCUGAGCAGUUUGGAGUCUCUGAAGCACAACGUCCAUCUCAGAGAGCUGUUUCUGGUGGGGAACCCCUGCACCCAGUUCCAGGGCUACAGGCAGUACGUGGUGGCGUCUCUGCCUCAGCUCCAGAGGCUGGACGGGACAGACAUCAGCCGAUCGGAGAGGAUCCGGUCCGUGCAGGGCCUGGACGAGGUGAGGAGGCAGGUUCUGAGGCAGGAGAGGGAAUACGAGCAGAGGAGGGCAGCUGAGAAGGAGGAGGCGCAGAGGAGCGCAGCAGGACAGGAGGAGGGACCCGCGGACAGGAGGCCGGGCUCUGACGGCCGCCGGUACACCAACACCAACACCACAGCUUCACCACAUCAGCAGGAGGAGGAGCUGGAGGAGAGCACCAGGAGCCAGGAGUCAGCAGAGGAGCAGAGAGAGACAGAGUUCUGGCACGCGCCCUGCCUCUUCACUCCAGAGUCUCGAGUGGAAGCUUACCGCCACCUGGAGGACAGGAGGAGGGGCAAAGCCGAGGAGACGGAGAAGAAGCCGAAAGCCCCCAGGACGCUGAUCACCACCGAUGGACGAGUGCUGAACGUCAAUGAGCCAAAGCUGGAUUUCUGCCUCACUGAAGACGAGGAGAACAACUCCGUGGUCUUGGACCUGUCGGUGUACAGACACAUGGACACCUCUCUGAUGGACGUGGACGUCCAGCCGACCUACGCCAGAGUCUCAGUCAAAGGAAAGAUAUUUCAGGUGGUUCUUCCUGCUGAAGUGAAGCCGGACAGCUCCACGGCUCAGAGGUCUCAGACCACCGGACACCUGGUCCUGACGAUGCCCCGGGCUGAAGGUGAACUCAUAGUGAGGAAGACCACCCCAGGCAGCAGCUCGCCCAGACCACCUCUCAACACACUCCGCAGCAGCUCGCCGGAGGACAGCAGGAGAAAAGCCGGUGUUCCCGAGAGGCUGGAGGUCGACCCCAGCAAACGCACAGCCGUGGACCUGGCCGGCAUCGUGUGGAGGCAGAGAGCUUCAGAGAAUCCACCGGAGGCCGCUGCUCCCCUCUCUGAGGGCUUCCAGGACCACCCGGAUGAGGAUCCGACUCCAUCGCCUCCUCGUCCUCCUGUUACAGCCACGGUGUGUCCAGGAGUGAUUUUGGCGGGGGACCACUCCUCCCUGCUGACAGCGCAGGUCUUUCAUCAGCCGUCCUGUAUCUCCCUGACCCACCUGGAGACCAAGAACUCCCACGUCAGAAUGCUGUUCAUCGACUUCAGCACAGCGUUCAACACAAUCAUCCCCCAGCAGCUCAUCUACAAGCUGGACCAACUGGGACUCAACACCACCUUGUGCAGCUGGCUGCUGGACUUUCUGACAGGGAGACCACAGGCAGUUCAGGGAUGUGUGCUGAGCCCCCUCCUCUUCACUCUGCUGACCCAUGACUGCACACCCACAUCCAGCUCAAACCUCUUCAUCAAGUUUGCGGAUGACACGACCGUGGUGGGUCUCAUCAACAGUGAUGAGACGAUCUACCGGAGUGAGGUGAGCCGCCUGGCCACGUGGUGUCAGGACAACAGUCUCCACCUGAAUGUGGAGAAGACGAAGGAGAUUGUGGUGGACUUAAGGAGAGAGCAUUCCCAGCAUGCUCCACUAACCAUCAACGGUGCUGCUGUGGAGAGAACUGAGAAGAGCGAGAGCCCCGCCCCCAUCAGGACCACCUGUUACAGAGGCACUGUAGAAAGCGUCCUGACCAGCUGCAUCGCUGUGUGGUACGGCGCCUGCACCGUGUCCUGCUGA